CGACGCCAUUCUGCACAGAUAGGUCCUCGCGCAGCGGUGCGGCUGUGAUAGGAAGGGGCUUGGAACCUUAAAGCCUCAUCACUUCUAGCUCCCUUGGCUCCACCUGCCUUUCUUCUCUAACGGCUGGUCCACUGAUGUAUGGACUUGUACAUGAUGAAUUGUGAACUUCUAGCCACAUGCAGUGCUCUUGGGUACUUGGAGGGAGACACUUACCACAAGGAGCCAGAUUGCUUAGAGAGUGUGAAGGAUUUGAUCCGCUACUUGAGGCAUGAGGAUGAGACGCGAGAUGUACGGCAGCAGCUGGGGGCAGCGCAAAUCCUGCAGAGCGACCUCCUACCCAUCCUUACCCAACACUGCGAGGACAAGCCUCUCUUUCAUGCUGUUAUCAGGCUGAUGGUGAACUUGACACAACCAGCCUUGCUCUGUUUUGGCAGCGUGCCCAAGGAGCCCAGCUUCCGGCACCACUUUCUGCAGGUGCUAGCGUACUUGCAAGCCUACAAAGAGGCCUUUGCCAGUGAGAAGGCUUUUGGAGUCCUCAGUGAAACUUUGUAUGAGCUGCUGCAGCUGGGCUGGGAGGAACGGCAGGAGGAAGACAGCUUGCUGAUUGAGCGGAUCUUGCUGCUGGUCAGAAAUGUUCUCCAUGUCCCAGCCGACCUUGAUCAGGAGAAGGUGAUCUUGGCUGGUCUGAGUUCUCGUGCUUGA